CGCCGAGGAGCGCUGAGGAGCGCGUUUCAUCCAGACGGUUUUACGCACCAAGAGCUUAGAGAGUUUGCAACGGAUUCUGCUUUUUUUCUUCUUCGUCAGGAGAGGAAAUAGAGUUCACAGCAACAGCUGUGAGCUGAGGCGUCUGAGUGGGCAUGUGGUUGCUGGAGAAGCUCCGCAGCUCUGUUGAGAGCAGUGGGACACAUUCCCAGCCCCCGCAGACAGCAGAGGCCAUUCCCGUUGCUGUUUAUGCCAAUGUGCUCACUCCCGAAAGGAUCCCUGAUUUUUUCAUCCCACCCAAACUUAUCUGCUGUCCCCCUGAGGAAUCCACCAGCCCAGAGCCCAAGCACCGUGCCAACCUGAGACCCUCCUCCUCUGACCAUGCCAUCUGUAGCCAGAGCCCACGAGCUCGGAGCAGCAAGAACAUCUGCAGCCCUCGCAUGUUCUCCCGCAACCUGCAAAAGUCUGCCAACCGUCACAUCAUCCAGAUAGAAAGUGCGGAUGAGCCGGGCACCGGUGUCACUGACAGGCUCAGUGCCGAAGUCAACACCAAUGCUGACCCCCAGUCACAGACUGCAAUGUCCCUUCCAUACGUCCCCAAGGCUCAGACCUCCUACGGCUUCUCCACUUUGGUGGAGUCUCCUCACACUAGACGCAAGGAGAGCCUGUUUCACAGUGAUCCCAGCAGCCCCCUCACCUCUCCAAACUCCCAGAGGCGCUCCCAAGGGGGGACUCUGCUGGCCCCGGCUGACCCCAAUCCUUACCGCUACUUCAGUGGAGGAGAGAGUGACACCUGUUCUUCCGCUGAGUCCUCCCCAUUUAACUCCCCCCUCCUCUCCAGGUCUGCCUCCCUUCUUAGAUCUAUUACCCAGGAAACACAGGCAAAGGUAUCUCGUGCAAGACGUUCCCUGGCACGCCACAGUUCUCUCUCCACUGACGAAUGCAGUUCGGCCGACAACAGCCCCAACAUGCAGCGCCGUCGCACGCGCUGCCCCCCAUCUCCAGCCUUUCGUGGAGCCAAAGCAGGCACUUCCAGGGGUGCAGCCUCAGAUCUACUGCAGCGUGAGCACACUAUCAACCUCCACAAAGGGGGGACCCUGAGGCUUAGCACCCACUAUGACCCUGAGGCUUCCCGCCUGAGGGUGCGUGUACUCGCCGCCGAGGCCCUUUACAACCGUCAGACGGACCUGAAAAGCAUUAACUGCUGUGUGGCGCUCUACCUGAACCCAGGAAAGCAGCAGAAACAAAGGAGCACCAUCAUCAAGAACAGCAGGAACCCGGUGUUCAAUGAGGACUUUUUUUUUGAUGCACUGCCCCAAGCACAAGUGAAGAGUCUGGCCAUGAAGAUAAAGGUUGUGAACAAAGGAACCAGUCUGAAGAGAGACGUGCUUCUUGGAGAGAGGGAGGUGCUGCUCAGUGAGCUGCUCGCAAACCUCUAGGGAGGCCUUGUCAAUGCUGAGGUGAAAGCUAGCGGCUCGCCUCCCCUCUGCCGACCUUUUCAUCCCACCUUACCGGAUACUGGGCAACAAGCAGCAUACUGAUGACAAGGGAGCUGCAUCUUGCCCACUGUGCUGUGUAUGUCGACAGACUCUCUGUUGUCAUGAGUAGUUAAGUUUAACAAAGUCAUGCAGUCUUACUUUGCUUGCUGGUAUGUGAGCAUUGUGAAUGGCAGAGCGGUAUUUGUGUAUUUUUCUUGAUUUCCAAAAGGUGACGUCCCUCUCUGAUGUAGCUCUUCUCAGCUGAUUUGGGUAACUUGAAGUUGUAUUUUUGUAAUAAAUCUUAAUAUUGCGUACAAAAGUUUUGCAUGUCGCUCUGCAAUUAAAAAAUGCCUCUGUGUUCAUGACAGACUACAUUUGAUUGACUUGUAUUGCAAAUAUGACUGAUGCAAUGUGAUUUAUUUCAGA